GCCGGAAAUCCAUAUGAAGAAGAAGAAGUAGACGCUUUCUACCGAGCACUGCAAAUGAAAGUUUUGGAAACGUCUUCCUCAACCACAGCAUGUUUGCGUUGUGGACAAGGACAGGACCGUGCCCUAUCGGGGUAACCUGUACCAGAAUGCAGAAAGGUGCUUUGUAUAUGAGGGCCUCAUGGUGGCAGCUGACCUACACCUGGCAGAUUGCACUUGCACAGAUACCUGCAAUGUCCAGGUUACUUCACCACUUCCCGUGAAUGAGGGCUUCAACAAAGAACAGACCCUCUUCCUAAUCCACCAGAUGGGGAUCCAUCUGGAGGUAAAGGGCGAGGGACCUGCAUUGUCCCUCAAUGACCUCAACCGGUGGCUGAGGUUGGAGAAGAAAACAAAAAGACUGCUGUGGGAGGAGAUGGCUGGGAAGCUUGGCAGACAGUUCAGGCAGCAGUUCCAGCAGGAGAAGGUGGCACGCAAGUGGUUGACGCUGGUGGAGGGAUACAAGAAAUGUAAGGACAAUAACGUGAAGACGGGAAGGGGGCCUGUCCGCUUCCAGUUCUACGCGGAGAUGGACAAGCUGAUUGGGGGAAAUCAUGACGUGGACCCACCUGUUGUGGGGAGCGAUUGUGGUGGGGUCGUAAUACGCCGACCAGAUGCACUGAGGCAGUCCAGCAGUGCUCCCUCACCAGCCGGUAAUGAGGACGAGCAGGAGGUCGAUGCGCAAGCAGUGAAUCGUCCCAGUAACCGGGCAGGGGAGCUCCAGGUCUCGGGAACAGCGGAGGUUUGUUGCCCGGCGGACCGAGUGUCGGUCCGGGUCGGAAUGUGCAACAGCAAAGUCAACGAGGUGACCAACAGCAUUUCACGGCGACUUGAAUACAUUUUACAAGCUGUCAGACAACAUGGUGUCAGUGAGACAGACGCCUCAGUGAGGAGGUUUCUCCACUGAGAGGCAGACCAGUAUCGCAUGGAUGCAGAGGUCGUGGUCACUUUCUCAGAUUUUGAGAAGAUGGAGCGAGUAUGUAGCAUCCUGCUGGAGGAGCUGGAUAAGAGUGUUUGUGUGGGAGCACCGCAGUUCUACCACAGUGAUGAAUGCCUGAGUCAAAUGAGGCUGCGUGCGUGCGUCUCAGCAGUUGAAAAUGCCCAGCAGAAGGCCUGCGAAGUCAGUAAUCUCCUGGGGCAAACUCUGGGACCCCCCCUGCUGGUCACGGAGGAGGAGACAAAAGAGUGGAGGAAUGACGAUGAGGAGGGUGGAGGCAGAAGCCAGAGUGCUGCAUCCCUUCCUCACCUUCCCUGCACCCUGACAAUCACUGCCUCCUCACGGGUGUCCGUGUCCUUCAGCCUCAGAGACAGAAGCAGGAAAAAACUCUGAAGACAUUUGUCACGGACUUAUGAAACCAAAGAGCAGGUCGUCACAGUUUAAAGUAUUUUUUAUUGCUUAGUUGUAAAAGCUGAAUAAAAGUGCAGUUUUUCAA